AUGGAGUUCUUCCCCGACGGGAUGCACCUGCGGCUGCGCAACCGCAAGCACGGCACGUACCUCCACGCCGACGAGGACGGCGUGUACGUCUCCCUGACGCUGCACCGCGCCUCCCUGAACACGGCGUGGCAGGUGCACCGCGUCCUGCGCAGCGGCGGCGACUACGUCCUCCUCCACAGUGCAGCCUACGGCCGCUACCUCGCGCUCUCGCCGGAGCAGGUGUCGCUGGUCUACGUCGGCCACCGCGCCGUCCAGGGCGUCUACGAGAGCCCGGAGCAGGACGACGUGCUCUGGGAGGCCGUCUGGGUGGACGAUGAGGGCGGCGACGUCCUCAUGCUCCACGCCUCGAACCGUCUCCUCCGCGCCGCCCCCUGGAACCCACUCUUGAACAGCUGCGUCUUCGUCGACAUCGACAAUGCCGGCGCGAUGAUGCAUUGGGUGGUCGAGGCCAUCCCCCUGAGACCGGAGCCGCCGCCACUGCCAGCCCUUCCCAUUGGAGUUGUGUUGUGGCGGAAGAUCGUAUACAUGAGGGCAGAUGAUCACGGGAACUUCGAUCCGCUCGCUAGGAGAACGUACGAUUUCAGCGGCAGGUCCUUGAACCAACUGACGGGCGACCUGGCGAAUCAGCUGCGCGAACCGUUCCACCGCAUCACGCUGUGCGUGCGCGCCGGCUCCCAUGGGCGGCUGACCCCUUUGGCCAUCGACCUGCCUUCCAACCAGCAGGCGAUGGAGAUCAUUGUCCUCACCACCAUGUCACCAGCGGCUUCGGUGUUGCGGCACCCAAAUGUUGAUGCACCAUAG